UCAAAAGAGCGAACACCGGUUGUAGAGUGUGUCGAAAGCAAGCACACAGGAAAACAAGUUUCUGCCUGGAUUUAUUCGUGAUCCCCUGCUACUGGACACGGAAUCCUGUUAAGCGAAAGUUUCUUCUAUUCCGUCCACAACAAUUUGAACCAUUUGAGCCAUAUACUGGAUUUUUUGCCCUUUUACGAGUACAUUUAUCUUCUCUGUAUCUAUACCUUUAGAAACAUUUGUUAAAAUAAGCUGACGCUCGUUAACACUUUCGCUUUCAUGAUUUCGCAAUGUACAAAAUGGGUCAUGAAAAGUGUGAAUCUAUCUUGAAAGGUUUCAAACUAAAUUGGAUGAACUUGCGCGAUGCAGAUUCUGGAAAAAUUCUGUGGCAAAGCACCGAUGAUUUUUCAGUUCCUGACAUAGAACACGAAGCGCACGUUCCAAGGAAAAUUCUCAAAUGCAAAUCAGUUUCUCGCGAAAUCAAUUUUUCCUCAAAAGAGCAGUUGGAAAAUUUCUGGCUUGAACAAGAGGUAUUUCUUAGAGACCAAUCAAUUGAAAACUGGAGUUUUGAAUUUGGUUUCGUAAUACCAGGUUCUACAAAUACAUGGCAGUCGUUAAUACAGUCCGACUCAGCUGAUCGAAUGAUUCCGGCUAAAGUAUUAAGUGGUAAUGUUGUUAUUGUGACACAUUUCUAUGAUGGUGACCUUUUAGUAAGCAAAUCUAAAGUGCGAAUAUUUUACGUUUAGAUGAAGACGCAUUUUUUCUACAUUGAAAACAUCCUUUAAACAAAUCAAAAGUCCAGGUGUAAAACAAUUGUUUGUCAUUCACAUAUUACUCUUAUAACCAUUUAGAGCAUUUUUUGAAAGAUACUUUUCAGUCUAUUUACAUUUCACUAUAUACAAAGCUUAUUUUGCCUUUAGCUCAAUUUCACCAUUAACAUUGUGUGUCUAUAUGUGCUCUAUAUUUCUAACUACCCAUGUUAAUGUAACUAAAGUAUGAUUUUAUUUCAUUCUCAUAGCUCCUUGAAUAACUUUCCUCAUCUUUUGUACGCAUUGUUUAUUACCUCUUCUCUUCUAUUUAUCAUAAUUGCUUCCCAGGAUAAAGCUUUACAACUCUUUUUAUAACACCAACAAUUCGUGAUAUUGUUUUUGUGCAGCAAGAACGAUGAUACAAUAAGACAAUCUCUAAGCAAUAAAAUAUGAAAAGAAAACUGACAAUUGUUAUCAAGGAAUUAUCUACCUUUAAAAAUUAUUUUAUGAAGUGGUCGUCUUUUUUUUCAAACAUGAAACUUUGAUGGGUUUUUUACAUAUCAUCAACAGUAUAGUAACUCAACACUGGCCUUCUCGAUUCGAAAUUUAAAGAUUAUGUGAUUUGCUCCCGUUUGGGUAAAAUUAACUUACAUUCUUAUCUACUAUGAAACACAUGCUCAUCAUUUUUUUUCAUUUAAAAAAUUCUGAGAUGGUAACUAGGACCUACAGGAAUUCAAAAUAAAUCAAACUUUCAAUCAUGCAUCACUUACUUGGAAAAUCGGCAAAGAAAUCUAACCGAAUUUCGAUUUCACGGUAACUAGUGAAUGACUUGUGGACUACUCCGUAAGAUAACAGCAUGUAAUUAACUACAGAUUACCACGCAAUCUCUCGUAUUAUCUUUUCGUCCUAAUACAAACAAGGCUCUAUUAAAUAUGGUGACUGACCGGUUGGUUGCUAACAAAAUUAUCUGAAGUAGUGCUGUUAUUUACAACACAACCGUUAUGUAACUCGACAAACACAGUGACUGUACACGUAGAUAUGCGUUAUUCUGCAUUAUUGUUUAGUCUCAAGACCUAAUAAUUAAGAAAACUGAAGGACCUUCCAAGUUCAUUAAGCCAGAAACCGAAACGAAAUUUACAAGAAAAACUGAAAAAACCUGAAGAGGUAACAAAACCAAAAUCCAAGACACGAGGAAAUCUUAAGCCCACUAUAACAAACAAGCCAUCAAACCUGAAAAACUAAAAACAUACAAAUAUCGCGGCUAAAAAGGCAUUCCCUAGGAAAAUAAGCUUUUAGGGAGGACGGGCUAUUCGCCAGUCAACGCAGGACCAGGUACAUGCGUGCAUCGGUCCAAGUUGUAACACCUCAUUAGCACAAAACGAUGAACACCAAAUCUAUGGAAGUAGUCACUUCAUCGGUAGUAAUAUAUAAAAGAAAGAUUGCGUAUAAGAAUAUAGUAUAUGGAAAAAUAAUUAGUUCGUAGAAAGAAAGGUGUGGAGUAAUUUUAAUCUCGCGGUUAGAGAGAAGACGGAGAGUGCAUACACCAACCCCGACCGUUGUUGCUACCUUGACGUGGUGGUCGGGCUUGCCUAUCGUGAUGAAGCGACCGAGCUAUACUGGCAGGAACAACCGUUCCUCAAGGUCCUACUAUGUCAGACAGGUCGGUCGAAGAGCGUAAGGCUAAAAGCAACAAACCCAAGGUCCGAAGGCGAAGUCAUACUGCUGACUGCACAGAGGUGUGACAGUAGUAAGGUGUUUCCUUCAGACAACCAGCAUGACAGCGAUGUUGCCUUCCUACAAGGAGGGGUGGGGUUAGAAAAGGUCGACCCUAAAAGUGCAAACCUUGCCUUAUCCCACGGAUAUCCGUCUCCGGCGGUAAUGUCUCAACAAGUAAGGAGCUAACACAAAACUACCCAUAAAAAGGUCGUGUGUGACCGACCUCAAGCAGUUGUUCCUUGGUCACUGCGGUCACACUCUCAGGUCACUAAGACCACCUCUAAUCCAAUUUUCUUUCCAGGCACCUACAGAAGAGCCCUUCCACGGUGUGGGUAACCGGGAAGUGAUAACUGUCCUCAUACCUCUAAAAGGACUCAAGACCACUGUAUUCAUAAUCAACCUCCCUCUUCAAUUCUUAUUAUUCCUCCUACAUCGACUUUCACCUUUAAACUUCCUCUUUCGGCUUCCUCCUCAGAUGUCAUCAUAGCCAACGAUUCUAGUGCUCAAAACACUGUCCCAGGUCUACUGAAACCUCGCUCCAAACUACACACUGGAGCCUUCAACGUACGCACCCCUUGCCGAAACUCUGGCAAUGCUAUCUGGUAUGUCUUUGUGGCAGUUUAUACUGACAUGAGAUCAAAAGACACCACCAAACCAUCCAACUCAGAGAACAAAACUCCAUCGAAAUCAUCCACCUGAGCUACAAACCUCCACUAACAAAAGACACAAUUACCUGUCGGGUUUACAAAGCACAGAAUAGAUUUAGUUAGUAAUUAUCGGCCCGUUAGCCUAGCCAGUGUAGUCAAACUAAUGGAAUACAUAAGUUGGAUGGUUGUUCUAAAUAUCUGGAAGAGAAUAAUCUAGUCGGAAAACGUAGUUUUAGGAAAGGCUUUUCAAGAUUCGAUUGCAUAUAUUCCGGCAGAUUUAAUAUUCAUGGGUCUAGGUAAAGUCUUUGACAAGGUCCCUCAUACAGGUCCUAAAAUAAAAAGUCUUGUGAUCUGUUACGAACCGACUGGAAUGGAUAAGCGACUUUCUCAAUGAUGGGAGACAACAGGUACGGGUAAAUAGGACUUCAUCAACAUGGGAAUCAUUAAGAAGUGGAGUUACCCAACGUAUAAUCCUCAGCUCUUUUUUACGGUAUGUAAACGACUUAACAACUGUGCCAAAGUCAUCUGUCUUACCCUUUGGAGAUGACGGAUACGCUGGAUCGAGUUCAACGUCAAGGGGCCAGAAUAGUGAAAGGCCUGGCCGACCUAUCUUAUGAAGACAGACUGAGACGCCUGAACCUAUUUCCGUUAUCUUACCACAGGUUAUGGUGUGAUUUAAUACUGGCUCAUUGUAUACUCUUGGUAUUAAUAUGUCUCAUCUUUUCCUUCCAUCCAGAGCUGAUCGUCUGAGAGGACAGUGAAGAAAGUUCAAAAACCGAGGUCAAAUCGUUUACGUCUAGAGUGGCGUUUCUCACAUCAAGUAGUGAAUUACUAGAACAUGUGAUAUCAGCACGUUUUGUUAAUAGAAAGCGGGAUUGGAUCUUCACAGUGCUACAAGUCGUAGGGACUGACAUGAAUGGGUUUACCUUCUAUCCUUACUACUGAAGACUGAAGUAGGUGUGGAGGCGAGACUCUAAUUUAUGGACGACCUUUGAACGAACCUUAGUGACUUUGAGAAGUAUUAACCAAUCAGCAAACAGUCUGUAUAGAGUGUCACCACGGCCAACAAUUCUAGUACGCAAAACACUGUUCCAGGUCUACUGAAGCCUCGCUUCAAACUACACAUUGGAGCCUUCAACGUACGCAAAUCGGUCAACAGACUUCCCUGGCUAAAACCCUAGAAUCUCGUACCAUUGAUGUGUGCUGUGUCUCUGAAACACGCAUACAGGAUCCCAGUGUGGUCAUUCACUUGACCUCACCUCAGCAAAACGGAGAGCCAACGAGAUACACCCUCCGUGUAUCUGGUGACCCGAUGGCCAGCUCUCGUGGACUGGCAGGAGUAGGGAUAGCACUAAGCAUGAGGGCGGAACAAGCAAUGUUAGAGUGGAUCCCCGUUAACAGUCGUUUAUGUGCUGUUCGGCUAAACAGCUUCGGAAGGAUAGAGAUACACGUCGUUGCCUUUUCGUCGUUUCUGCCUACGCUCCCAACGACUGCAGCUCAGAUGAAGGGAAAGAUGAAUUUUACAGAAAGCUAUCUGAACUUCUUCAGAAAGCUAAACGUUCAGACAUAGUAAUCGUAGCAGGUGACUUUAAUGCCCAGAUAGGUAGUUUAAACCAAACAGAAAGGCAUUUAGGUGGGUAUUUUAGUAUUCCAGCACAACAAACAGAUAAUGGUGAUCGUCUGUUGCAACUGUGCUAAGACAAUCGUUUAUUUUUAGCAAACACAAAUUUCAAGCAUAAGGAGAGACAUCGUCUAACAUGGUGACCCCCUACACCAAACCAACGAUGGAUUCAAAUAGACCAUAUUGCCAUCAGUCAUCGUUGGAGAGGGUAGGUAGAUGAUUGUCGCUCAUUCUGGAGUACCUGCUAGGACUUCGAGCAUGCCCAAAUACGGGCACGCAUCUGCUUGCGCCUCACUGGACGCAAAAAAGCCACACUAAAAAGACCCAUUAGAACUGAAUUGUACACUCUCUACUACUUAUUAAGGGCCAACAAUCGCAGUGUUUCUUGACAUCAGGGCUGCCUUCCAUUCGUUGGACAGGACUGUUCUCUGGGAUUGUCUAUCGAAGAAGGGUGUGCCUGAGAAGUUUAUUAACAUUUUAAAGGCCCUAUAUACAAACACCUCAGACAGAGUGACGGCAUACAACCACCUCUUUUCAUUGUUCCAUUCGAGCAGUGGGGUUAGACAGGGUUGCCCAAUCUCACCAUUCCUCUUCAACUUUGCCAUCGACGACAUUCUGGAAACAGCUCUGAUGGAUGUAAGUAAUGGUGGUGUGGAUCUGUUGCCUGGAAAAAAACUUCUCGACCUUGAGUAUGCGGACGAUAUUGUCCCCAAGACAUGCAAUUCGCGCUUAAUCAGUUGGCAAUGAGUGUCCGUAGGUAUGGUAUGUGCUUUGCACCUUCGCAGUGCAAAGUACUUCUACAAGACUGGCAGGAUUCUAAUCCUGUACUCACCCUGGAUGGUGAGCAGAUAGAAGUAGUCGAGAAGUUCGUGUAUCUGGGUAGCUGCAUAAGUGCUGGUGGGGGUGUGAGUGAUGAGAUCAAUGCACGUAUAGUGAAAGCCAGAGCGGCUUAUGCCAAUCUGGGCCAUCUUUGACGCCUUCGUGAUGUCAGUCUGGCUGUAAAAGGUCGGAUCUACAACGCGUCGGUGAGAUCAGUUCUGCUCUAUGCUUGUGAAACCUGGCCUCUCCUAGUUGAGGAUGUUAGACGACUCUCUGUGUUCGAUCAUCUCUGUCUCCGAAGGAUUGCUGACAUUCAGUGGCAACACCAUGUCAGUAAUGCAGAGGUUCGGCAUCGUGUGUUCGGGCACAGCGACGAUAACCCAAUUGGCGUCACCAUCUUGAAACACCGACUUCGGAGACUUGGACAUGUUUUACGAAUGUCGUCCCAGAGAAUUCCACGUCGUGCAUUAUUUGCCGACGCUGGGACUGGUUGGAAAAAGCGGAGAGGUGGUCAGUGUAUGACAUGGUGUCGGAGUAUGAAAGAAAGCUGCAUAAGGCUGGCUUAUGUUGGCCCUUCACGACUCCCUGGCUGGGGUCCGAGAGAUGGUGCGACACAGUGGCUAGAGACGUUAUCAGAUAUGGCUCGGAAUAGAAGCCAGUGGCGAUCCUGCUGUAACCUUCUUUUACUUUGUUCAUAAGAAGUGGUUUCUACUUCCUUAACUGAAAGAUUUCUUCUGAUUGUACCUUUUCGUUUCUUUCAUUAUUAUUAUUACGCCACCUUACACUAAUCUGUUCGUUACUGCUUUUUUUCUACGCUCCUCAUCUUUUUUUCCUUCUCUUCAAAUUGUCAUUGUUUUGUGUGGCGCAUAUAUAUUUGAUGCCCUCUUGUACCAAUAUUUAUUAUAUUCACUAAAUCUAUUGUUAUUAUUCAUAUUACGUAAUCUAGUAUUAUAACCUUUUUAUUAACUGUGUUCACAUUUCCUCACGGAAUUAGUACUUUUACAAAAACAAAAAUUUUCAUAUAUAUACGAUUGUACAGCUUGAUAAUAAAUUCGUUGAAAAGAGAUCCCUUCGCUGAACUUCAUGUUUUAAUUUCAAUAUUUAUGUGUUCAAAUAAAU